GAGGUGUGUGGAGACAUGAUGAGGUGUUUGGUGCUCGGCCUGCUCUGUCUGGCUCUCACUGAGGGGCUCGUCAGAGUUCCUCUUGUGAAAAAGAAGACCAUCAUUGAGGAGAGGGGGCUCCUGAAAGAACUCCUGAAACGCUCACAGUACAGCUCAGAGCAAGGAUACCCUGAAAGCCUUGUCAAUCAGGAUGAUAUGGGCUAUUACGGAAAGAUCGGUAUUGGAACUCCUCCACAAUAUUUUUAUGUCCAUUUUGACACUGGCUCUUCUACUCUGUGGGUCAACUCUGUCUACUGCAACAGUCAAGCCUGCAGCUCUCAUAAUCUCUUCAACCCAAAUGAAUCCUCCACAUACGAGAGCAAUAACCAACCUUUUUCAAUCACCUACGGAACCGGAAGCGUUCAGGGGGUCAUUGGCUAUGACACAGUCACGAUGGGUGAGCUGAAUGUUACAAACCAGAAGAUCGGUUUAAGCACAUCAGAGCCUGGAAAUCACUUCGCAAGGCCUCUGCAUGAUGGACUUAUGGGUCUGGCCUUCAUGCCUGACCAGGAAACUAUUGUGGACACCAUGAUUCAAGAAGGUGUUAUUGAGGAGCCUAUCUUUGCUUUCUACAUGACCGGAGACUCUGAGAGUGGCAGCCAGGUCGUGUUUGGAGGAACCGAUCCUUCUCAGUACCAGGGCCAGAUCAACUGGGUCCCUGUGCAGAAAAGCAGCCACUGGCAGCUCGUCUUUGAUGGAUUUGAGGUGAAUCAUCAGGCCACAGGCUGGUGUGAGUCUGGAUGCACUGCUAUCACAGACACAGGCACCUCUCUACUGCUGUGCCCUCCACAGUAUGUGGACACUCUUCAUCAAAUGCUCGGAUCUCAGCAGGAUGAUAACGGAAAUUAUGUGUUUGCCUGCAGUGAAGUGAGCAGCCUCCCCCCACUGACAUUCGUCAUGAACGGAGCUCACCUGCACCUGCCAGCCUCUGCAUACGUGCUUCAGGAUGAAGAUUCUAAUGGUAACUGCAGGAGCGGCAUUAGUAAAUCCCAUGAGCAGUACAGAAACGGCCUUCCCUACUGGAUCCUGGGCGACAUUUUCAUCAGGCAGUUCUACACUGUGUUCGAUCAGGGAAAUGCCAGAGUGGGAUUUGCUACCCUGGCGUAAAGUUUCAGACACACCCUGAAGCACAGCCGUUGUAACAGGUUGCAACAGUUGCUGUCCCACUAGCAGUGGCACACUGAAAAAGUGACCAAUCACAGGGCUUAUAAAGGUUUAAAAACUGAGUUUUAAUUUGAUCUGAAGGUUUUAUAAUUAUAGCCAAUGCAUUGUAUUCUGUACUGUCAAGCUAACAAUCAUGAGGCAGAAAUAAAUAAACUGUCAUAUCAUAAAA